AUGUCCUGGGUUCCUGUCCUGUUGGUGCUCUUUGGAUACUGCACAGGUUUUGGCUCACAGCCAAUGCUGAAACAGCAGCCAUUAGUGUCCUCGCCCCUUGGAACCACAAUCCAACUGGCCUGCACCUUGAGCAGAGAGUAUGAUAUCAACAGUCACAGCAUCUACUGGUACCAGCAGAGACCUGGCCAUCCACCUAGGUUCCUGCUGAGGUAUCUCUCUGACUUCAACUAUCAUCGUGGUGACAAGAUCCCCCUUCGCUUCUCAGGUUCCAAAGAUAUGACUUUAAACACGGGGUAUCUGAGCAUUUCUGAGCUGCAACCUGAAGAUGAGGCUCUGUAUUAUUGUGCUGUGGGAUCCCAUAAUUUACAGGAAGAAAGAAAAAAAGAUAAGGGUCCUGCAGCUUCAGAGUCCCCGACUCCCUAG